AUGGAAAAACUCUCAAAACAUGGUGCAGGCAAAGCUCCAGCUGUUGCACUGGAUAGCGCCGAUAAGAAGAAGGCCAAAAAAAAGUCAUCGUCCAUGUGUGUUGGUGGUAUGUUCAAGUCUGCAGUCAAGCGCAUUUCCCGUGAGGUCAGCCCGGACAACAAUAUCAUGCUGACAAGCAAUUCAAUCCAGGUUCUUUGCGGAAUCUCAUUCGAUUUUGUUGAUUCUGUUGCUGAACUUGCAGGUGAGUUGGCAAGGAAGGUUGGGAAGCAAACAGUGGGGUCCGACGACAUCAUAAGUGCUUUCGAGAUCUUGCUCAAGGGCGAGCUGAGGAAGUUGGCCAUCAGAGAGGUCCACAAUGCUCUGUCUAAGAGUCAAGCCAAGUCCCGUGGAAAAUAA